ACCGCGCUGCUGCUCCGCGCCCGCGAGCUGGUGGCGGCCGCCGCCGCCGCGGGUGCACCGCCACAGUCCAUUGCGGCCCCUCCGCUGGGCCCCCUCGAGGGCCGCUGGGCGUUCUCGUCGCUACGGCGCGGCACGGUGGAGCGCCCCCGCUCGUGCAUCGCCUUCACGGUGGUGGACGCGCCCAG